AUGGAAGCACAAGCGGCUGAAGUUUGUGCCAAGAAAAUUGCAGAUGAUAAUGAUGUAAGAUUUGCUAAAUUGGAAGUAAUCAACAAUCAGCAACAUGAUAAUCUUAAUGAUUAUGAAAUUAAAAUCUGGGAUGUUUCACUAGAUGUGGACAAGCAGAUGUUAGAAGUAUAUUUGAAAAGUUUUGGACCAAUUAAAACCCUCAAAUUUAAUGUUGAAAAUUUAUACUAUAAAGUAGUAGUUAGAUUCAACGGUAAACAAGUGGAAGAAAAAUUUAAAGACUUAUGGUCAUUGAGAUUUUGCAAAUACGCGUUUAGGAUUUUUCCAUCUAACUUAACCAAGGACGAAAGGAAUUUACGGUUUAAAUAUGGGUUGAAAUUAGCUAAUUUACCCGUAUGA